GAUAGUGUAGCUAUCUGGCUAGGGCAGGUGCAACAGCGAUCCACACACGCACCAGCACCGGCACUAUGGGAGGCGAGCACCUAGUUCUCGACCCGGCCAUCCGGGACUGGGUCGUAUUUCCGCUGAUGCUCAUGGUGAUCCUGGUGGGAGUUUUGCGACACAACAUCACGGCUCUUCUCAAGGCGGACAAGCCUCUGGACAAGGAAGAGCUCAGCUACAAGCAAACCCUGACGAGGGCGAAGCGGCUGAGGGGCAAUGGGCGUUUUAUCUGCAGGGAGGCUUUCUCGCGGCGAAAGGGCUACUUCACGGCUAAGGAAGGGGGGCUGCUGCGGCAGGAGGACCUCCCGGGACAGGCCAACCCCAUGGCAAACCCCGACAAAAUGAUGGGGCCCAUGAAGAGCCAGAUGGGGUUCGUGGGCACGAACAUGUUCAUGAUGGCUUUCACCUCGUACUUCUUCGAGGGAUUCGUGCUCGUCAGAGUUCCGUUCCCGUUAACCAACCGUUUCAAGGUGAUGCUCCAGCGAGGGGUGCAGCUGAGCACGCUGGACGCCAGCUACGUGUCGUCGACGUCGUGGUACUUCCUCGUGAUGUUCGGCCUUAAGUCUGUCAUCAACCUCUUCCUUCGGGAGACCCCUGUUCAGCACGAGGCGAAAGUUAUCCAGUCUCAGCUGGGGGUGGGCGCGGCGUCCAUGGGUUUCGACACCAAGAAAGUCUAUGCCUCGGAGGCGGACAGCUUGGAUCUGGCUCCGCACGAGUGGUUGCUGAACGACGUGGAAAAGAGACUUCUGGGAAGCAAGUACCCCACGACAUCGGUGUACGACUUAGCGGGGAUGCACGACGACAGCGCGGCUAUGUUUGGGGCGAACGACGGAGGGCGGGCGGCGCAGAAGACUCCCAAGGGCAGCGGCGGAAAGAAGCGACCCAGCGGAAAACGAAGCGACUAA